GGGUAUGGCGGUGAUUUGACUGCUGUUGGACGUUAUGUGUAUGGUGCUGCAGUAAGGGACGUACCCUCUAGAGGCUUUUGUGUCCCAGGCCUUACAGGGAGGUUCCGUAUUCUUUGCGGAAGCUCGAGAAGACGGGAUCUCAGGGAUACCUUCCGGUGCUGUCUUCGACUGUCCUCUGUAGGAAAAGCAAGAAGCUUGAUUAAAGACAUGGAGCACAAGCCAGAAGGGUCUCCCCCCCAAGCUGAAUCCUGCUUGCCAAACAGGCAAGAAGUCAGCCUGGAAGAUGGAAAUGAAGAAAUGGCCCUUGAAAGUUUGCAGCUUUUGCAGAUUGAUACUGAGUUUGAGAGUGGAAGGGCCUUGCCCAUGGAUGGAGAGAUGUGGUGCUCGAAAAAUGUCUUGCGGAAACAGAGGCACUGGGAAAAGAUAGUUGCAGCAAAGAAGAGCAAAAGAAAACAGAAAAGAGAGAGAAGAAAAGCACAACAUGCAGAAAAUACAGGUGUGAGCCCUCAGCAGAGCAAACGGGUUUUGAAAGCCAUGACCAAAGAGAAGCUUUUGGCAGCCAAAAGUUCGGGACCCAAACUGUGCAUAGAUUUGAGUAUGACCAAUCGAAUGACUAAGAAGGAAUUAAGCCGAUUGGCUGGACAGAUCCGAAGGUUAUAUGGUUCAAAUAAAAAAGCCAAGAAGCCAUUCUGGAUCUGCCUCACUGGAUUCACGACUGAUAGCCCUUUAUAUGAAGAGUGUUUAAGGAUGAAUGAUGGAUUCUCUAACUAUCUUAUAGAUACAACAGAAGAAGACUGUCUUAAUUUAUUUCCUUUGGAAAGUCUUGUGUACCUCACGCCUGAUUCAGAACAUGCCCUUGAAGAUGUUGAUCUAGAUAAGGUUUAUAUCAUUGGUGGUCUUGUGGAUGAAAGCAUUCAAAAGAAGCUGACAUUUCAGAAGGCUCGAGAAAACUCAAUCCAGACUGCCCGCCUGCCAAUCCAGGAAUACAUGGUGAAAAAUGCCAAUGCCAAGAACUACCAUUCAGAGAUACUGGCAAUCAAUCAAGUAUUUGAUAUCCUGUCAACAUAUGUGGAGACUCGAAAUUGGCCUGCAGCACUGAAAACAGGAGUUUCUCUUGGAAAAGGUUAUGUUGUUCCGUGUACAGUGAAAUGAGAGAUGGUAUAUCUUUUUUGAGAUAGUAUCAGAGAUUUUUUUUUCUCUUGUAGUAAUGACUGGGGAGGAAUUAUCCUAAACCAGUUCUAUCAUCAUUAAAGGCUAGUCUGAAUUUUUCAUCUUUACAGUUAAAGGUGAGCCAUUGUACUUCAAAAGUAUUUCUUAUACUUCAGAUAUUGAAGGCAGGGACUUUUCUGUUUUUUGUUUGUAUCUUCAGGGCUUAACAUAGUCCCUUGGGCAUUGAUAAAUGCUUGUCAGAUUCCAAAAGACUCAUGAUUGAAAAUUCUGUCCACAUCCAGAGAAAGAACUG